GCGCCGCGAGUGCGAGCCGCGCGGCUGCGGCCAUGCUGGCCGCGGCCGGCGCGAGCCCGGGUGCGCCGCGGAGCGCGCGUUUGCCGGGGGCGGCCAAUGCCGACGCAAUCAGGCAGAUCGACCUGGACAUGCCGCGCGCCGCCGGCGGUGACCCACUGUUGUCUGCGCGGCUCAGCUGGGCGCGGGCCAUGCUGCUGCGGCAGCUCGCGGGGGACGCGCGCUCCUCUGGUGGGCCAGGGCUGACCGGCGGAGGCAGUUCUUUUCCUUGGCAGAGGGCGCUGCGGGUCUUGCUGUUGGCGAUGCUGCUGCUGCAGCCGGCAACUUCGCAGGCCUUGCGCGGCCGCGGUGUCAUCAAUGUUGGCGAGGAGCAGCAGGAACCGUUGAUGGCCGAUUCCGCGGUUCAGGUUCACAUGAAAAUGGCCGCGUCAAGCGUUGCGACAGUGGCGGCGGAGGAGAAGACCAGUUGCGACCCGACGGAGAUGCCAGAUUGGGCGACGGAAGCGUACGACAAGAGCAAGGUGGCGGCCGACCCCGAGCCAGAGGCGCGCGCGGCGGUGGCCGCAGGAGACGAAAAGCGAGGAGUGAUACUCAGUUACGCCGUCGUGGUCUUUCCCGACGCGGGCCUGCCCGUGCUCGCGAAGCUGGCGGAGGACUCCGAGAAAGAGGUCCGCGCGGCGGUGGCGGGAGGAAGAGGGAUGCAGAGGGGCUUCUGGAAAACGCCCGCCGAGACCUGGUCGGUGCUGGCGAAGCUGUCGGAAGACGCCGAUGAUGAGGUCCGCGAGGCAGCCAAGAAGGGCCUGCCCGUGCUCGCGAAGUUGGCAGAGGACUCCGAGAAGGAGGUCCGCGCGGCGGUGGCUGGAGGAGAAGCUCUGCGGUCUGCCGUCCAGAGCCAUCCCGACAAGGGUCUGCCCGUGCUCGCGAAGCUGGCGGAGGACUCCGACAAGGAGGUCCAGGCGGCGGUGGCUGGAGGAGCGGCGUUGCUGCAGGCUCUCCUGCAUGGCGACUGGUCGGUAAUGGCGAAAUUGGACGCGGACGCCGAUCCGGAGGUCCGCGAGGAGCUGGCCGCCGACAAAGAGACUGAAGUCCGCGAGAAGGCGGCAGGAAAGCCUUUAGAGUAUGCCCUCAACCAGAGGUUCGACAAGGCGGUGCCCCUGCUCAAGAAGCUGCUGGGCGAUGGGAAGGGGGCUGUGCGCGUCGCGGCAGCUGGCAGCCCGCUGUGCAAAUUCGCCCAGGAAGCGCCGAUCGAAGAGGCGAAGGACCUCGUCGAACAGAUGAAGCAUGAUAGAGAUUCAGACGUACGCGAGGCAGCUCGCUGUGCUGCAGCGACGCUCGACGCCAAGACAGAGAAGGCCGAGGCCGAGUUGCAGGCGGAGAUCGCCAACAACGAGACGGCCAAGGCAGCGGCUGCACAUGCAGAAACCCAGAAGCAGUUGGACAAGGUUGAGAGGCUGCAAUACAUUAUCGUGGUCAUUUGCGUGGUGUCCCUGGUGAGCGUCGCGAUGGCUUGGCACGGGCAGCGGAUAUUCGUCAGUUGCAGAUCGCGGAGGCGAACCGCGCGCAUAGAACGACAUCUCCAGAGUGCCACAGCAAAAGCAAGUCCAACAUCACACGACUUCUACUUUGUGCGCGCAUCCAGGAUCCGAACGUUCACGGGCGAGAGGCUGCCUCACCACCAGAAGUUGAGGUCCGAGGGAUGGCUGUUCACAAAGAACUGGUCGCUGGGAGAGGCCAUCCGCGGUGAGUAUGAGAAAAACUACAUCGUGAUCUCGCACCGGUGGCAUACGCCUGGCGACCCAGACCCGAAAGGACAGAAACUCAAGAAAUUGAAGGAGUACCUCGAGAACAACCUGGAAGUAGAGUAUGUGUGGUUCGACUGCUGGAGUCUCCGCCAGAAGUUCCCGAACGAGCCACGCUCCGAGGACGACGAGGUGCUCGUGUUCUUCGACCUGCAGUGCGUCGGCCGCUUUUGGACGUCCUACGAGCUCUGGCUCUCCCUGCGGACGAUCACGGAGAAUGGGCUGAUGUCCACGCCAGAGGGUCAGCGCCGAGCGCACCUGAUGUGUACGGGUGCUGCCAACCAGGCGGAGAAUAUCAACAUCGAGGCGAUGUACAAGACUUGGGCCGACAAGACUCCCGAGGAGGCGAGUGCCGUCUUGCGCGAGGAUGAUAUCAUCGUGACCAAUCAGAGCGACAAGGAUUUGCAGCUCACGGUCUUGGAUGACCUCGCAAAGAACGCGGGCAGUCUCUACAAGCAGGCGGUGUCAGAAGCAGCAGUGCCACUGGCCCUCGAGAUUGAGCA